AUGGAAGGAAAGAAUCAAACCGCCCUGUCUGAAUUCAUCAUCUUGGGAUUCUCUAACCUAAAUGAAUUGCAGUUUUUAAUAUUCACCAUCUUCUUUCUGACUUAUAUCUGUACUUUGGGAGGGAACAUGUUCAUUAUUUUAGUUACUGUGGUUGAUCCACACCUACACACACCCAUGUAUUAUUUUCUAGGGAACCUGGCCUUUCUUGACAUCUGCUAUACCACUACCAAUGUCCCCCAGAUGAUGGUGCAUCUUCUGUCUCAGAAGAAAAGUAUUUCCUAUGGAGGAUGUGUGCUUCAACUUUUUGCAUUCAUUUUGUUUGUAGGGUCAGAGUGUUUCCUCUUGGCAGCAAUGGCUUAUGAUCGUUACAUUGCAAUCUGCAAACCUUUAAGAUAUCCGGUAAUUAUGAACAAAGCACUGUCUAGCCAGUUAGCAGCCUUGUCAUGGACUGGAGGUUUUCUCAACUCAGUGGUGCACACGGUACUGACAUUCCGCCUGCCCUUCUGUGGGAACAAUCAGAUAAAUUAUUUUUUCUGUGACAUCCCUCCUUUGUUGAUGUUGUCUUGUGGGGACACUUCUAUCAAUGAGCUGGCAUUGCUCUCCACUGCAGUCUUCAUUGGGUGGACGCCUUUUUUGUGUAUCCUCCUUUCCUACCUGUACAUAAUCUCUACCAUCUUGAAAAUCCGCUCAUCAGAGGGGAGGAGAAAGGCCUUUUCUACAUGCACCUCCCACCUGGUCAUUGUCCUUCUGUACUAUGGCAGUACCAUCUUCACAUAUGCACGACCUAUCUCAUCUUACUCACUGGAGAAAGACAGGCUGAUCUCAGUAUUGUACAGCAUUGUAACUCCCAUGUUGAAUCCUAUAAUUUACACAUUGAGGAAUAAGGACAUCAAAGAAGCUGUUAAGGCAGUAGGAAGGAAAUGCCAGGCAUCAAGUUCUCUCUUCUGA